AUGGAUAAAUAUUUCCAGAAUGAAUAUCGUGACUCGUUGGGUCGCAUGAAGCAAAAGACCGGCGAUACGUAUGCUGUGACCACGCACGAAACACUCUACAAAUCUGUUGAGGACCGCAUUACUGAUGCACAAGACGAGAAACGAAGUGCUGAAGCAAAAUUGGCAUCCGCCAAACAACUUCUUCGUUCACAGGAAGAAGCACUCAAGCUACGCGACGAUGAGCGCCGUCAGAUGAAGUCGAAAAUUGUGGCGUUCGAAUUGGAGACCCGUGGAAAAGAGGCUCAAAUCAGACAUCUUAACGUAUGUUCUAGUUUUCGUUCACUAUAUAAUAUGUUUAAGCUUAGUAAUGAGAAUUAA